AUGUUUACAAUAGAUAUGGCUCCAAGCAUGCAGCAGUCGGGGCAACGGGAUGCUGAAGGAACGUCUUCCACAGAAAAUGGAAAAGAAGAACACUCGGGUUUGCAAGUAGUUGUCUUGGGCCCAACCGGAGGUCCUCGCGAAGACCGCGUCACAGGUCUACUGGUUCGCUCGACAUCGACCAAAUGGUCUGCAAACUCAGUUAUUGCAGUCGAUGCAGGGACCUUGCUCUGUGGAGUCAUUAACAUUCUCGAGCCAUGCGACAAUCAGCGAGCCGUCUUGGACCGCGGGCCUUUCAGUGGUCUCGAGCUACCUUUCAACAAUGCCCCUGCCAAUGCAGCGCAUUUCUUUCGCCAUAUCAUCGGUGCCGUUUUAAUCACACAUCCCCAUUUGGACCACGUGUCGGCAUUCGCUAUAAAUACUCCGGCCUUGGAAGCAGGGAACGGCGCGAAGACAAUUGCUGCUUUGCCUUCUGUGGUUACUGCCAUCAAAACUCACAUUUUCAACGAUGUGAUCUGGCCGAAUUUGUCCGAUGAGGAGGGCGGCGCUGGCCUGGUCACCUAUCAGCGAUUGCGCGAGGGAGGCGAGGCGAUGCUGGGGAUCGGCGAUGAGAGGGGCUACAAACGAGUAUGUGAGGGACUGGUGGCCAAAUGCUUUGCGGUCAGCCAUGGAAGCUGCCGACUACAUCCACCUGCCGAGAGCGAUGUUCAUCAUCGGCUCAGCAGCGCAGCAUUUGGCCCAGGCCCAAUGAAACUCGGCCCUGGCGGCUUUUCUUUCUCCAUGGAAGAGCCAGACGCUGGGUACUAUUCUCCCGUAGACUCGCCUAGUCUCCGAGGGGCUAGCAAAGAAAAAUGGACAACAGUCGAAAGCUCUGUCUUUCUGAUUCGCUGUCCCGUGGCUAAACGAGAAGUGAUGAUCUUUGGCGACAUCGAACCUGAUUCGAUCUCGAGAAAUCCGCGCAAUAAGAGAGUCUGGGAGGUCGCGGCGCCAAAGAUUGCCAGUGGGCAGCUGCGGGCUAUCUUCAUCGAAUGCUCAUACAACGAUGACGUUGAAGACGAUUAUCUCUACGGACAUCUUUGCCCGCGACACUUGAUCACCGAAUUGACUACUCUGGCGAGCAUUGUCAAGGAGAUCAAAUUCCCGGAAUCAGAUGCGACCAAGAAACGCAAACGUGCCUCCGCUCCCGACGUGGGGACAGAUGUACCACUAAGCCCGAAGUCGAAGAGAUUGGCUCUCACGGGAGAGAAAGGCCAGUCUAAUCGUCGAGGUUCCAACCGAAGCACACGCCGUCACACUCGUGCCAAAGCAGCAUUCGAUGAGCCCAAUGAGAGGCUAGAAGCAAGUCCCGGUGUAUCUCAGCCUGCUACGGAUGUUGGAAUCAAUACCCAACUCGCUGAAAGCUCGGAUCCUCUCACAACACAUACCUGGCCGGAGCCACCGCUGGCCGGGUUGAGGGUCUAUGUGAUCCAUAUCAAAGAUCAUCUGACCGACGGGCCUCCUGCAGCCGAGCGCAUUCUUCAUGAACUGCAAGCACAGGGGAAGUCUGCCGGGCUGGGGUGCCAAUUUUACGUUCCUGACCGUGGAGAGAGCAUCUUUAUCUAG